AUGCCCAGGAACAGGAGCUCGCCUUCCCAGCGGGGACACCGACUGGGGUGCCUCCCCUCGGCCCCGGCUGGCCGGGUCUGGGGGGCCCGGUCCCACGCGGCCCAGGAGCGCCCUGGGCCCCGGCCGCUGCUGUGCCCGGACAUGGCACUACAGAACGCCCUGUACACGGGCGACCUGGCGCGGCUGCAGGAGCUGUUUCCCCCGCACAGCACGGCCGACCUGCUGCUGGAGAGCCGAGCGGCGGAGCCUCGCUGGAGCAGCCACCAGAGGGGACUCUGGUCGCUGACCUACGAAGAGGAGCUGACCACCCCUCUGCACGUGGCGGCCAGUCGGGGCCAUGUGGAAGUCCUGCGGCUGCUGCUGAGGCGGCGGGCGAGGCCCGACGGUGCCCCCGGGGGCCGGACCGCCCUGCAUGAGGCCUGUGCCGCGGGCCACGCCGCCUGCGUCCACGUGCUCCUGGUGGCGGGAGCCGACCCCAACAUCCCUGACCAGGACGGGAGGCGCCCCUUGCACCUCUGCGGGGGCGCUGGCAGCCUCGAGUGUGCGGAGCUGCUCCUGAGGUUUGGGGCGAAAGUGGAUGGUCGGUCAGAGGAGGAGGAGGAGACCCCUCUGCAUGUGGCCGCCCGGCUGGGCCACGUGGAGCUGGCGGACCUCCUCCUGAGACGCGGGGCCUGCCCCGAUGCCCGAGAUGCCGAAGGCUGGACCCCGCUGCUGGCCGCCUGUGACGCCCGCUGCACGUCCCCCGCCGACGCCGAGGCCACCACAGCCCGCUGCCUCCAGCUGUGCAGCCUGCUGCUCUCUGCUGGGGCCGACGCCGACGCCGCCGACCAGGACAGGCAGCGGCCCCUGCAUUUGGCCUGUCGCCGCGGCCAUGCGGACGUCGUGGAGCUACUCCUGUCCCAUGGCGUCGGCGCCAACGCCAUGGACUACGGGGGACACACGGCCCUGCACUGCGCGCUGCAGGGCCCCGCUGCAGCCCUGGCCCAGAGCCCGGAGCGCACCGUGCGCGCGCUGCUCAACCACGGUGCAGUCCGCGUGUGGCCCGGGGCUCUCCCCAAGGUGCUGGAGCGCUGGUGCACGUCCCCGCGGACCAUUGAGGUCCUGAUGAACACCUACAGUGUUGUGAAGCUUCCUGAGGACGCCAUGGGCCUGGUGCCUCCUGAAAUUCUGCAGAAGCACCGUCGUUUCUACUCCUCCCUCUUCGCCCUGGUGAGGCAGCCCAGAUCACUGCAGCAUCUCAGCCGCUGUGCGCUCCGUGCCCACCUGGCGGCCUGCCUGCCCCACGCCCUGCCCCGCCUGCCCCUGCCGCCCCGCCUGCUCCGCUAUUUGCAGCUGGAUUUCGAGGAUGUGCUCUACUAG